GCACCAGCUCCAUCGCCCCCUCCAAACUGGGCACCAGCUCCAUUACAUCUUCCCUACUGGACAUAGGCUCCAGCACUACCUCCAAGUCUAGUGGCGAGUGUCAAGGUCAUCCCUGGGGCAUCCCCAAAGUGGGUGCGAUUCUUCCCCCCAAGGGAGGCGCUGGCAGGGCACCAUGCCUUGAUCACUAUUGGGCAGCUGGCUGGGUGUGGGCAGCAAAUGAGGAUCUGUUGAGUGGCCAGUUUGCAGCUCUGCAGUGACACUGAGACAGCAGCUGGACCGGAACAAGCUGGGACUGUGGUGACCCCCCCACCCUGCAGGGCUCCAGGCAUCCAGUCCUGACAGCACCAGUCCCACACAGAGCAAGCAUGUCCCUCGUCAGCCUGACUCAUUUCAUGGGCUGCCAGGAUCAAGGUGGCAGCAGCUGAGCUGUGGACUCUGCUCUGUGGGCCAGGAGAGCUGCAUCCGGACGGGGUUGCUGUGGAGGACAAGGGACCUAGGUCUGCUGACAGCACCCCCUGCUCCCCUGUUUAUGGCUCCUCCGGCCAUCCCUAUUGUCUGCCCUGGACUGUGGGGGUGCCCCUAUCCUAGCAGUGCUGGGUCCUGGACCCACCUGGGGCAUCGCGUGGCAGCAGGGGCAGCCAGGUUGUGCUAGCCUCUGCCUGGGGGAACGGGCCAGCCAGAACCAGCUGGGAGCAUCCGGCCAGGACAUUCCAAGACACAGGCCAGGCAGUGCAGGGCACCAAGCCCUUGGCUAUAAAUACCCUUUUGGAAGAUUCCUGUCAGGGAUCGUCUGUCCGCUGAGCACGGAGCCAGCAGGCAGGGGCAGAGGGGGACCCGCAGCACCAGCCCCACUGAGGAGCUGUCCCAGCUGGCCUGGGGCCCUGAUCCCAGGGACCCCACCAUGGCUCUGCUGGGCCCAUCACUCCUGUUCUGUCUCAUCCUUGUGUCAUCGUGCUGGGCAGGCUGCGUGGAGGUGGACUCCCACACCGAGGCCGUUUUUGGGAUGACAUUCAAGAUCCUCUGCAUUUCCUGCAAGAAGCGGAGCGAGACCUCGGCCGAGGCCUACACGGAGUGGUACUUCAGGGAGAAGGGCACUGACACCUUCACCAGGAUCCUGCGUUACGACCCUGACGCGCUGCUGGAGGUGGUGGACGAGCGGUUCCAGGAUCUCGUGGUGUGGAACGGCAGCAAGAACACGCGGGACCUGCAGGAUCUGUCCAUCUUCCUGACCAACGUGACCUACGAGCAGGCAGGCGAGUACCUGUGCCGUGUUGACCGCAACCUCACCUUCGAUGGCUACGUCUACAACAUCGUCAUCAACAAGACCAUCCACGUUGAGGUGGUGGACAAGGCGAACCGGGACAUGGCGUCCAUCGUGUCAGAGAUCAUGAUGUAUGUGCUCAUCGUGGUGCUCACCAUCUGGCUGGUGGCUGAGAUGAUUUAUUGCUACAAGAAGAUUGCGGCAGCCACGGAGGCAGCUGCACAGGAGAAUGCCUCCGAGUACCUGGCCAUCACGUCAGAGAGCAAGGAGAACUGUGCCGGGGUGCAGGUGGCGGAAUAGUCCUUGGGGGCCAUCCGCAAGCCUGGGGGACCUCGUGUGGCCGGGCCUGAGGUAACAGCAAGGAACGAAUGAAGCACGAGGGGAGUGAUUCAAGAUGGGGCACACCCCAGAGAGUGCCCCCCAGCUGGCUCCCCCACACACCCUGCACACCUGGGAUUGCCCCAAACAAAGCAUGUUGUUCUAAAUCCUAGCACUUGCUCUUCCAGCCCACAGGGGAUGGGCAGUGGGCACCUUACUCUUUUUGACACAUCCCUUCUCAUGAUGAGCGAGGCUGCCCCUGCCACAAUGCAUGAUGGGGGAAGCAACAUGGCCACUGCUCAUGCAAUGCAAAGCUUGGCCUUGGCCUGCUCGAACCCCCCCCCCC